UUCUGCUGGCGCCUUCACUCGGGACGAACGGUUCGGCGGUGGCCAGGUCGCGCGCUUUUUUCGUAAGGAUAUUUCGUCGUCGGGAUCGAAGGGAAUUCCGGUGGAAUCCGGGCUUGGAAUUAGGGCUUGGAAGGGUAGUGUGGAUGUCGUCAAUAAUUCAGGACCUUCUGGACCUGGACAGUUUUACAGGACGGCGAGGGGCAGAAAAGUUGUGAAGGCUAAUAGACAGAUCGCUGUCAGGGGGUCCCGGUCCUGGACAUUCCCGGACAGGCUGUGGAAUAGUGGGGGUGCUGAGGAGAAUAGGGACCUGCUACAAUGAAGUGCGGGUGACACCGACAAGCGAUCCCGGCCAGGUGAAUAAUUAAUUCGAUAAUGAAAACAUAAUCAGAUUAAAGGUAUAGUGCUCGCUGCUCGUGGUGAAGUGAUCAGGAACCGGAUCCGAUGACAACCCGGCUGACGAGGAAGCCCGGCCUAUCGGCGUUACAAUCGCGAGCGAAUUAUUAAUUUUCCUCUUGUCACUUGUUCGCUGGUGGACGGCGCGUGGAAAAUCGUUCAUAUCCCGCCGCUUACCACCCAACUCCCAACUUUGGAGAGAUAAUCAGCUGGAUGGAAGAGUGAGGGACGGAGGAAGGGGGGUUCAGCACUGCAACAGGAAAUUGGCCGUGAUUUAUGAGUUCAGUGCAGUUUAAGCGAAGAGUUAUUGCACGACUAGUUGGUUGGCUCUCUGGUUAUGAAUGAAAACGCCGACGACGACGACGACCCUGGAUAUGAUAUUGGUUGGUGCAUAAGUGCGGAAAAUUUCGACACAUACACACACGUACAAAAUCACACAUACAGCAGAGAAUUAUUGGAGUGUGUGUGUGCGGUGUGUGAUUGUGCAGUGGCAGUGAAAACUAUCGAUCGCGUGCUAAACGGAGAUUUUCCGGGCAGUUUUUCCUACUCCCCCACGCUUCUUCAUCAUCAGAAAGAAAAGCCGGAAAAUUUGAAAUAGAUAGUCGGUUUAGGGUUUUGUGUGUGUGUGUGUGUGGGUUGAAGUUGAACCAGAGGAAGGGCGAGGGAAAAUCUCAGCUGUUUCGAUGCAAUAAUGAUGAUGAUGCUGCAGUUGUAGAAGCCGUUUAAGUUUUUUUUUUGCGGGUCGGAGCGGGCUUUCUGCUGCAGAGGCGGAGACGGCAUCGACGAAAGAAGAUUAUAAUUUUGGGAUUUAGUAUCUAUAGAAGUGAGAUAUAUGGUGUGCAGAUUCGAGGCAGACGUCAGCUGACUUUGUGAAGAGACGGAGAAUAGAUCGAUCGUGCCAAAUAACGCAACGAGAACGAGAUUUUUGCAAAAUUAAAAAAAUCUGCAAAACCGCAUCCUUUCUACUGCAGCACGGAGGGAAAAAACUCGUCGUCACCAGCAUAUUGCGUCUGUCACCGUGCCAGACUCUGAGCCAAACAAAAAAAGUGAGCACAUCCAAAAUAUUAACAACCUACCACUUGUAGUGGGAACGAAAAAAAUAAUAACCCAACAAAAAAAAAAAAAAGGCAGCAUAAACUAUCUCCCGGAGCGAAAGUUAUUCAUUCCGGACAACAACGGGGAAUAUCCGGUGCGGCAGUGUUGCCAGCUUGAAAAAAAAAGACUGCACCAAAAAGCAAGGGGAAAUAAACUAGUCAGGUUUUUUUUCCCCCGCACUGAGAAAGAGUGGAAAAAUAAAAACAGUCCAGGAGGGCAAGCAAAUCACUGACUGGACUCACAAAGCAGCAAAAAGUAAGCUUUUCCGGGAAAAAUAUAUACAUUUUUGUGUGUGUGUGUGAAAAACAAGCGAAAACAGUGCGCGAGGAAAAAUUGCGAAUCACGACGAGUGAAAAAAAAUUGGAGAAGAGAAAAGUGGAAAAGUUUGCAGAUUUCCACGGGGAGUGAAAGCUUUCUAUGCCAUUUUGUAUGAUUUAUAUUUGUGAAUAAAAAGUAAAGUGCAACAACAAAAAAAAUUAAAAUAGAAAAAAAUCUGUACCAUCAUUGUUAGCGGGAGCGUUUUUGAGUGAUUUGGGCGAGGUGAAAGUGAAGUCUGUGGAUGCAGCUGUGAGAAAGCUCACACAAAGUCCUGUUGCAGUAAUGGAGGAAGAACCGCCGAGGCAGCGUUGCCAUCACCAUCGGCAUCGCAGCAUGGGCAGCUGGUUCCGGAGCUGGUCGGCGAGAAACGUGGGGAUUACGAUGAGGGUGGCAGGGGUGCUGGUUUGCACCCUGCUGGCGUUUACGACGGUUGGACUGGCGAAAGCCAAACAGACACGUGCCCACGAAAGCGUCCCGGACUUCGACAACGAAGCCAACUUCCCCCGGUUCGCGGAACCCAUCCCCAACAUCACGGUCACAAUCGGCCGGGACGCACUGCUGGCGUGCGUCGUCGAGAACCUCAAAGGAUACAAGGUCGCCUGGGUCCGGGUCGACACGCAGACCAUCCUGUCCAUCCAUCACAACGUGAUUACGCAGAAUCCCCGGAUCAGCCUGACGUACAACGACCACCGGUCCUGGUACCUGCACAUCCGGGAGGUCGAGGAGAGCGACCGGGGCUGGUACAUGUGCCAGGUCAACACGGAUCCGAUGCGGUCACGGAAGGGCUACCUGCAGGUCGUCGUCCCACCGGCGAUAGUGGAAUCGAUGACCAGCAACGACAUGGUGGUCCGUGAGGGUACCAACGUGAGCCUAACAUGCAAGGCCAAAGGCUUCCCGGAGCCGUACGUGAUGUGGCGCCGGGAGGACGGCGACGAGAUGGCCAUCGGAGGAGAGAAUGUCAACGUGGUCGACGGCGAAAUGCUGUACAUCACCAAGGUCAGCCGGUUGCACAUGGCCGCGUACUUGUGCGUAGCGUCCAACGGUGUCCCACCAUCCAUCAGCAAAAGGGUCCAGCUGAGGGUACAAUUCCCCCCGAUGUUGUCCAUCCCGAACCAGCUGGAGGGGGCGUACGUCGGUCAGGAUGUCAUCCUCGAGUGCCACACGGAGGCGUAUCCGGCCUCCAUAAAUUACUGGACGACCGAGCGGGGAGAUAUGAUAAUUUCCGAUACCUCCCGCACCGGCGACAAGUUCGAGACCAUGUCCCAGAACACCGGCUACACCAAGUACAUGCAGCUGAAGAUCCGCAGCGUGGGCCCAGCCGACUUUGGCUCGUACCGUUGCGUGGCCAAGAACUCGCUCGGCGAAACGGACGGCCUGAUCAAGCUGGACGAAAUACCAGCGCCAACGACAAUAUUGACAACCGAAUCACUUUAUAACAAUCGAUCAAAAGGACGGAAAGCCAACAAAAAGCUCGACCCGAUGAUGGUGGGAGAUUACGGCGUCGAGGAGUGGAAGGAGAAUGGUCCCUCGAUACGACACCCACCGGGCGCCUUCCACAACGGCAGUUCCGGCCCGUCGCGGUUCCCGUGGCAACGGACGACGACCACUCUUCUUCUGGUGGUGAUGCUGCUGGUGUUACGGGGGUUGGCCACAACCUCCGCCAACAGAUGAAACUAAAGAGUCCCACCAGUCCUGGCGCACCAACUUCACCCAUCCACCAUCAAAAUCUUUCACUAAUCAUCGUUUAGCUUAAAUCUAUCCGCGCGCGGUGAGUGCAAAGAGUAACGCGUUACGCGUAACGGCUUGAAAAAGAAGCACGUUGUUUGUAUACAAGAAUGGAAGAAAGAGAGAGAGUGUAACGGUUCUUAACUAGGAGGAAAGAAAAAGAAAAAAAAGUAUUUCUAUUUAGGAAGUCGACGCAGAAUUAUUGACCAUAAGAUGCUAGCAAAUAUUUAUAAGAAAAAAAUAUGUUAGAUUGUUUGUAGAAAUUAUACGGAGCGCUAGAAUGUUGAGUUGAGUUAGGUUGAACUGUUUUGUAUGUAAAUAACGUAGCUGGUAGAGUAAG